UCUGCAUGUUUUACAUUUUUUCAGUCGUUUUUUUUUCUUCGGUUGCGGUGGUGCUUAUAGUUGUGUGACUGUGAGUUUCAGGACGUUUUUCUUGGUGAAGUUCCACGAAAAAAAAUCUGGAUUACUUGGCUUCCUUGUGGUACAGUACGUGUCUUUUCGGUGGACGAUGAGCUCUAAAAAGUGUGCACGUUGUGAAAAGACGGUGUAUCCUCUCGAAGAGUUGAAAUGUUUGGACAAGAUAUGGCACAAGGGCUGCUUCAAAUGUCAAGAAUGCAGCAUGACACUAAACAUGAAGACGUACAAGGGAUUCAACAAGCUUCCCUAUUGCAGCGCUCACUGUCCACAGGCCAAACACACAACAGUGGCAGACACACCAGAGGCCAAGCGGCUUGCAGAGAACACUCGCAUACAGAGCCAGGUGAAGUACCAUGAAGAUUUUGAGAAGCUGAAGGGAAAAGUGACGCAAGUUGCAGACGACCCAGAGACGAUGCGCAUCCGCCAGACUUCGAAGAUCAUCAGCAAUGUGGCGUACCAUGGCGAGCUAGAACGCAAGAAUCUCAUGGAACAGCGCCGGGGGCUGCUACCACAGGAUCGCAAUGGCCAUGGGGAUAGUCGUGGUGCCGAACAAGAACCGCCCCCCAUUGACAUUGCACAGUUUCCACCCCCUCCUCCUCCCCCUAACGAGGAGCGGCCCAGCAGAACACUCCAGUCAGUCCGGGCAGCCACCGAGUACGAAAUGCCGGCCAAUAACAACUCCCCCUACAGCUCCAAGCUGCAGUCCACAGUUAUCUACACAUCCGAGGAAGGACCAGUGCAAACUCAGCCUGUCCGCAAGGUCGGGUCAAUCGCAGACUAUGAUCCUUUGAACGACAACUAUGGGUCUUCUGCCGUAGGGUAUAACCCGCCACAGUCUCAACACUACUAUAGAGGACCCGCCCCUGCUAUGCAGCGUGUGAUGCCUUCUCAGUCCCAUGUGCCAAGUGGGCGAACCUUCCGGGCAAUGUACGACUACGUGGCCCAAGAUGUGGAUGAAGUCAGUUUCCUCGACGGCGACAUGAUUGUGAGUUGCAUGCCCAUCGACGAGGGUUGGAUGACCGGCACUGUACAGCGCACAGGCCUCACGGGGAUGCUACCUGCAAACUACGUUGAACCUAUCAACUGAAUCCUAUUCUCUGACAGAGUGCUCCCUUGUGCUUCGUUUUUUUUUUCUUGUGUCAGGUGCUUUGCAGGCUUUCAGUUGGUGCCUAAGACUCUUGCAUUUUCUUGUCGUUUCUUUUCGGGAAAAAAGGCAUGAUUGAUGGUUUGCAUGCUUUCAUUUAGGUGUAGUGAAAAACUGUUUUGUUUGCUCACGUCUUGCGCUUAUCAGAAACAGACACGUUUUAGUUUUGAAUGUAUUUCAAUUUUGCGUCCUCGGUAGCUCUCACUGGGAUCGCAGAUAGUGAUUGGUUAAUAUCAUAAAAGCCUGACUACUCGCACAUAUAGUGGGCAUAUUUGGAGACUCUGUAAGCAAUGAUUUCUGUUUCCCGACUUUCCUUACUUUUUCUUUGGUGCCUAAGAACCUUUGAUAUUUGUAUAAAGAGUAAAGUGUGUAUUGUAUACCAUCAGAAGUUUAUGUACAGGCCACCAGCAGCGCUUCAUUGAGUGCAUUUGCUAUUUUUUUAAGACUGUCAAGAUAGAAGUGGCAAAUUUUAUGAACCACUGAGAUGCAUUUAACAAGUGUGCCUUGUGCAGAGUUCUUUGGUCACUGCUAAGAGGGCAUAUUUCCUUUUAUGUGUGAAAAGACUUGCCAUAGCCAUUCACGAGGCUGUUCUCACAAAGCACUUUAGGAUUGCAUUUUAGCGUAUGUGUUUGUUACCUUGACCUGUGGGGUAUACAAAAUGCAAGGAUGUGCAUUUUGUUUUUCUCUCUUUCAAAAUAUUUCCCCCAAGUGUAGUUUGCAGUCUGGUUUAUCAUGGCUGGACAUCUUUAAAAAAUAUUUAGUCACAGUACGAAGAAACACAAGCCUAGUUAAUGGUAUUGCAUCAAGUACCGUCUUUGAUGUGCAAUGUAUUUGUCAGAUGUGCUUUCUAAGCCCACUUGAAGUAUUAGCAGCUGCUGAAGGCAUUGUGACUGGAAGAGUUCUGAGUCAUUCUUACAUUGUUCGUGAAAGCUGCAUCCGCAUACUGACGUUGUAGCAUGGGACUGCAUUUGCACGCCUUCCUUACGCACCUGCAUCCAUGCAUCGUAGGACUGUGCAUUUUGUGUCUGCUAUUCAUCAGGGUCUCCUUUAGCACAACUUGGCUUAUCUGGAUGAAUACAGAGUAGUAUAAAUGGCAUUCAGUAGAGCAUGUACUUUAUACUCGAAUGUGACAGCGUUGAAGCAUAUUUGUUGCUCAGGGUUUAGAAGCUGUCAGCCUUCACCACUCUUGUUUUACUGUUAGGUGUUUAGUGCCUGUCUCUUCAUACGGUUUAAUUUUGUGACUUUGCUCAUGCUUGUUGUGUAUGGCAGACUAUGGUGUUCGUGCCCUUAAAAAAAUAACUUCAGGCUAACGUUUGUACAAGUGUGGCAGAGCUGAUUAAGAUGCUAUCUAAACAUUCAAGCUCAAAGUUCAUGGUUCUUGCUAACACUUUAUUUUUUUUUCUUCAGGCAUAUACUCGCAAAGGGAACUGCUGUGUUUAUUGCAUGGCUAUUUAUUGCCCUAAGCCACUAUACAGGUCUUGUUUUAUACUUGCCUGACUGUUGUGUUCUGUGCUUUAGACAUGAUGCGUGAAGUUUUAACUACAAGUAAUGCUCAAAGCCUCGCUUUGUGCUCAUUUUGUAUUGUACCUAUAGCCUUUCAGUAAUCACGAGUUUGCGUGCGUACCACCCCGACUUUGCACAGUGCUCGGAGGUGCAUGUUAGAACAAAAGCUUCGUGCCUGUGGUGUUUGUGAGUUACAUUUACCUUCUCGUAGUUCAGCCAACAAAGGUCUCUCUGACAGAGUGUACAAAGUAUGACUUGUAUGCGAUUAACAUGUGUACACUACUCAGCAUUAUGUGCCUUCUCGCAGUCCGCCAGUGCCAGAUGGGUAAUCAAGCUGUUGACUUACCCCAUUUACAUGCACUCUUUGUCUUGACACUAGAAUUUGUAUGUUGAUUCCUUGGCUGGUGUAGCGUUUAGGCGCCUUCCCCAAUAUCACCUACCCUCCCCCCCCCCUUUUUUUUUGAGUAAAAUAAAGCUUUUUAAGAGA